AUGGCCUCCGGAACCUCGGCAGGUCGCGAGCCGUACGACGAGGAGGCCGCGAGCCGCCGCCCGCUCGAGCUCGGCGUCCGCGACUCCGCCCCCGCUUCCGCCUCCGACCACCGGUCUGGAAAUAUUGUGCCUAGAUAUCAGGUGGGAUGUACUAAAGCUGAUACAAGUAAGAGAUACUUGGAGGGAUGGCAUAAGAAGCAAUCUAGUACAGAUGAUGUACGCAAGAGCAAGUCAGGAUACUUCACGGCAUUCGGGGUGGACCUAUCUCCUGAUAAUAUGGCAGUUGCCAUUGUAUAUUUUGUGCAAGGGGUCUUAGGCCUUGCCCGACUUGCUGUGAGCUUUUACUUAAAAGACGAUCUUCACCUUGAUCCAGCUGAGACUGCAGUUAUAUCUGGCUUCUCAUCCUUGCCCUGGUUGAUCAAGCCAAUCUAUGGCUUUAUCAGUGAUUCUAUUCCACUAUAUGGGUAUCGAAGAAGAUCCUAUCUUAUUCUGUCAGGAUUUCUUGGAACACUUUCAUGGAGUCUGAUGGCUACAGUAGUGAACAGUAAAUAUGGUGCAGGAUUCUCUAUUCUUCUUGGAUCACUUUCUGUUGCCUUCUCAGAUGUUACUACGAGACCGACGCUGCUGCUGCCCGGUUUGACUACGGAGUUGACGACCCCUCCUUGCCAGAGCAACCAGGUCGUAGAUUCUAUGGUAGUUGAGAGAGCUCGUGGCGAAUCACAAAGUACAUCUGGAUCUCUCCAGUCUCUAUGUUGGGGGUCCUCGGCAUUUGGUGGAAUUGUGAGCGCAUAUUUCAGUGGUUCGCUUGUGGAUGCAUAUGGAGUAAGAUUUGUCUUUGGUAUUACGGCAUUUUUACCAUUGAUGACAUCUGCUGUUGCAGUUCUUGUAAAUGAACAUCGCCUGACUCCUGGAGAACAUGCUAUGUCAGUCUCUGGUUCAGGAUUCAUUGAGAGCUCAAUACAGCACAUCAAGCAGCUAUGGACUUCUGUAAAGCAACCUAACAUUUUCUUGCCGACCUUGUUUAUAUUCCUCUGGCAAGCAACACCACACUCAGAGUCAGCCAUGUUUUUCUUCAUCACAAAUAAGCUUGGAUUCACUCCAGAGUUUCUAGGGCGUGUAAAACUCGUUACUUCCAUUGCAUCCUUGCUCAGUGUCGGAAUUUAUAACUAUUUUCUGAAGGCAGUUCAUCUGAGGAAAAUAUUUCUUGUGACAACCAUCAUAGGUUCAGCCCUUGGAAUGACACAGGUUCUUCUUGUCACUGGGCUUAAUAGGCAGUUUGGGAUCAGUGAUGAGUGGUUCUCCAUUGGAGAUUCGUUAAUCAUCACGGUCCUUGGCCAGGCUGCAUUUAUGCCAGUUUUGGUGUUAGCUGCAAAAUUGUGCCCUCCAGGAAUGGAGGCGACUUUGUUUGCCACUUUGAUGUCCAUUUCUAAUGCUGGAAGUGUUACGGGUGGUCUUGUCGGUGCUGGUCUAACAAAGAUUUUUGGAGUCACUAGGGAAAGCUUCGGAAAUCUACCUCUGUUGAUUAUUGUAUGCAAUCUCAGUUCCUUGCUGCCCUUGCCUCUUCUAGGUCUCCUUCCAGACGAAACAGGAGAUUCAGAUAAUGAAGAAACAAAACACAGCUGA